CAACUCUGUAAUGUUCAACCCUGAGUAAAUACAGUGUUCAGAAGGAGAUAUAAACAACAAUCUGCAGACAGAGAAGAUGCUGAACUUUGCACCAGUUUUUCUUUCAUGUGGAUUGGUAAUUACAGAAAUAUGAACCACAAACCACCUGAGAGCUCUCAUCUGAUACAGUUGGUACAGUUUUCUCUGCCGGCUGAGACCAAAUUAGUCAAAGAUGUGGAGUUUUGUGAGCAGAGACGGUUCUCGACGCCCGGUGACCACAGAGCCACGGUGCACAUUCCCCGGGGCAUGGCCAUGGCUCCAUUUCUCAAGCACUCAGGUCUGACUCCAGCUCAGAGAGAGUAUCUGUACAGUGUAGCCGCGACCUACAGCGGAGACCGAGUCAGAGACAUCAUCACUACUCACUAUAUGAACAUACUACACCGAUGUAUACGAGCAGGUCACACAGUAGAAAAAGUUUAUAGUUUGGCCCCGGUGACGUUGCCUCAGAUGGUUGAACCUCCACAAACUGAAGUCGAGUCAAAUCCAAACACACAAAACAAACCAACAUCAUCAAAACAGAAGGGCAAAACCAGCAUUGCAGCAAAGAAUUAUGGGAAAACCAUUCUGCCAAAGAUCAACAAGAGACAGCCCAGACUUAAAACUCCAGUGUCAAAACAGAGAAAGAAACAGACCACUCCACCAAAACUCAAGAAGAAAAGUCCAAGUGUGUCCACGCGAGUCCUGAGUCCUGAUGAAGAUGAUGAAGAUGAAGACUGGCUGAAGGACUGGCUGGAUGACGAUGAGGAAGAGGAGGAGAAAGAGAAAGAGAGGAGAGGAGGUAGAGAGGAGGAGGAGGAGGAGGAGCAGAGUUUAAAGGAGUGUUUGAGUGAUGGUCUGUCCUCUCUCUCCCUCACAGACUGGGACUCAGACUCAGAUACAUAAAAACUACUACAUCAGUGUUAUUAUAGUUUUUACAAGCACAAGUCAGGUGUUUGUAACAGGGCUGCUACUAAUGAUUACUUUGGUAAUCAUCAUAUAUUAUUCUUUCCCUUAAUUGAGUUGUUUAAAACAAAAAAGUCAAUCUGACCCACAUGAAGCUGAAGGAGUUCAUCCUGAUGAGGUGUACAGUAUUUACAGAUUACAAAUGCUUUCCAGACAGCAGCCGAAUCAUCUUAGACGAUUAUCCGAAACGAGACCAUUUCUAAAUAAUCGUUUCCAGUUUACAAUUAUUUAUUAUUGACAAUGAUCUCAGAAAUUGAUUAUUUGUAACUAAUUGAUAAACUUGUUACAGUUCUAGAUUGUACCCACAUAUAAGCUUGGCCUGUUUCAAAACAUGAUAAAUGUAAUGUAAAUAAUGCAAUAAAUGCAUUCUACUUUUUCUAACUUAUUCACUUAUUUUAUGUGGAAA